GCCGCGGCCGAUCGGUGUCCUCGCGAGCUGCCCACACGCAAGCACGCGCCCGCACUGUUCGCUCGCUCGCUCCCCACCACCUGCCCCGCCGCUCUCUACAGUGCCGCUGCUGCCGACUCGUCUUCCUCCGAUCGUUUCUUUGCCGGCGGCAUGGACUGGGCAGCGUCUUCCGGGGCGCCGUCGUGGGGCGCGGCGGCGGCGGCGGACCCCGGCCCGACCAUGCUGUCGUUCGCCGGGCCGUCCUCCUCCUCCUCCGCCGCCGCCGAGGCGCGGCUCCAUGAUUUUGCCGCCGGCCUCGCCCAGCGCGCGCGGCCGGCGGGGGCGGCGGGAGCAGGGAGGAGGUCCCGCUCGGCCGGCGGCGGCGCGGAGGCCUGCUCCGUCGACGGGUGCCGGUCCGACCUCAGCCGGUGCCGCGAGUACCACCGGCGGCACAGGGUCUGCGAGGCGCACUCCAAGACGCCGGUGGUGGUCGUCGGCGGGCAGGAGCAGCGCUUCUGCCAGCAAUGCAGCCGGUUUCACAUGCUGUCAGAGUUUGAUGAGGGGAAAAGAAGUUGCCGGAAGCGUUUAGAUGGCCAUAAUAGGCGUCGAAGAAAGCCACAGCAUGACCUGGCAAAUCUUGGGGGUUUCUUUCCAUACCAUCAAGUUAAUCAAUUUGAAAUCUAUCCACAAACAAUUCCAACAGCCCGCCAGGAUUCUGACACCAUGAACUUGGUCGACCCUCAGCCGCCCUUCUCCAUAUCAUUCUCAAGAACACCAAAGCAGUUCCCUUUCCCACAGGAUGGUGGCGGCUUGCACAGCGCAUCCCGCCACGGUCAUUUUUUGGUUCAGGAUAGAAACCACACUGGAAGCAGCGUAUGCAACAACGACCUCUCUGGCACGCUGGGCCCCGAGUGUGCUCUCUCUCUUCUGUCAUCGUCGCUGCAUCAUCCCUCCCCGGUCGGCCACACCCAGAUCGCCUCUGCACUGUCUCGCAUCGCUUCCACGUCGCAGCAGGUUGCAGCGACAGCUGUGACCACUGCGUUGGCAUCCGGUGGCGGCCACCAUGUGUUUGUUCCUGAUGCUGCGCUUGAGGAUCCUUCACAGGCGCUGCCAUUCCCCUGGCAGUAGUAAAAAUGUGUUGUGUUUUCCUGUUGCUGCUGAGUUCCCAAUUGCUGGCAGUGGUGAUGGAUGGGACUUGGGGAGGUGUUCGUGCACCUGGAGAUUCAGGAUGUGGUCAAGAGCUUUAUACAAAUCCAAGUGACAUGUCAAGUCCUGUCCUCUGGAAGAUGGAGAUGGUGGCUGUUGUGCAGAUUGUUUAGCUGAUUAAUUUAAAUGUGUCCUGUUCAUAAUUGUCUACAUUUUGGUGAUAUUCAUUUUUGGAAAAUAUGUGCAUGCAUGUAUUACUGGAGUUCUUGGAAUCAAGCCGUGGAGGCAUUACUGCCUCUAGUUUGGAAAGCCAUCAUGGAUGCAAAAGGUUUGACGGCUCAGCU